AUGGGGAAUAACACCAACGGCGGAUGGGAGUGGAAGCUAUCUUGGAGGACGGCUCUUUUUGAUAGUGAAAUUCAAAUGGCAGAUAAUUUCCUUGGAGAACUAUCACAGCAACAGAUUCAUCCAAAUAGGGAGGAUAGGUGCAGUUGGAAGCAUGAUCAAACUGGAUACUACUCAACAAAAAGCGGAUAUGACUUGAUAUGGGAAGCACAGAUGGGAGCUAAUCAGAAUUUGGACUUUGUGGACAUUUGGAAGCUCAAAAUACCAAGUAAAUCACUGGUUUUUGCUUGGAGGCUAAUUAGGGACAGACUUCCAACUAGGAUGAAUCUUAGAAGGCGGCAGCAGCAGUGGGGCAAUUAUCAUCCUCCAGGAUGGGGAGGAUAUGUUCUGAACCAUAAAAUAAAACUCCUCAAACAGUGCAUAAAGCAGUGGAGCUUAACAAAUGGUGAAGCUAAUGCUAGAAAAGUUACUAUGAUUAAAAAGGAGCUAAAUGCUUUGGAGAAUGUUCUAAAUGACAGACCUCUAUCCCAAGUGGAAGUCACUCUUAAGAAAUCUCUUCAAGUUCAAUUGUGGGAGGCAGGUUAUGCAUAUGAAUCUAUGUUGAGACAAAAGGCUAGAAUUAAGUGGCUAAAAGAAGGGGACAACAACUCUACUUAUUUUCACAGAUUGAUCAAUCAUAGAAGAAGAAAAAAUGCUAUUCCAGGUAUUUUCAUGGAUGGUGUGUGGAUUCAUGAACCUUGCAGGGUUAAAAAUGCAGUUGUCCUUUAUUUCAAAGACAGAUUUUUGGAGGAUUGUUCUAACAGGCCAACACUGGAUGGUGUUUACUUCUCCUCUCUGGAUCUAAGAGACAAAGAAAGCCUUGUGUCCAGAUUUAAUGAAUUGGAGAUCAAAUCUACAGUUUGGGAUUCCCUCAUUCCAAAGAUUAAUGACCCUCAAUCUUUCAAUGAUUAUAGACCCAUCUCCCUUAUAGGGUGUGUCUAUAAAAUUGUGGCAAGAGUUUUGGCCAAGAGGCUGGCUGCUGUAUUACCUCACCUUAUAGAUGAAAGGCAGACGACUUUUAUGAAGGGGAGACACAUUCUUCAUGGUGUUUUAAUUGCCAAUGAGACUAUAGUUGAGGCCAAAUCUAGAAGUAAACCUUGCAUGGUCUUCAAAGCCGACUUUGAAAACGCAUAUGACUCGGUUUCUUGGGGUUUUCUUGACUACAUGCUUAAAAGGAUGGGAUUUUGUGAAAGCUGGAGGAAAUGGAUAAAUGGUUGUCUAAAUACUGCAACUAUAUCCAUUUUAAUUAAUGGGAGUCCACCUAAGGAGUUUACUCCUAAGAGAGGUCUAAGGCAAGGUGAUCCCCUUGCACCUUUUCUCUUCAACAUUGUAGCGGAAGGUCUCAUAGGCUUGAUGAGGUCAGCUGUGUCUAAGAACCUGUUCAGAAGCUACCUAGUGGGAUCUUUAAAAGAAGAGGUGAACAUCCUCCAAUAUGCUGAUGAUACUUUGUUUUUUGGAGAUGCUACUAAGCAAAAUGUGAGAACCUUAAAAUGUGUUCUGAGGUGCUUUGAGGAAGCAUCUGGUCUCAAGAUAAAUUACUCUAAAAGCCACUUUGGUUGUUUGGGUAAAUCAGCAAGUUGGUGCAGGGAAGCUGCCCAAUUCCUUAAUUGCAGUACUUUGGAAUUUCCUUUUACUUAUCUUGGAAUUCCAGUUGGGGUGUCCUCUAAGAGCUAG